AUGCUCUUCGACCUCAAAUCCAUCGUCGUCUACGGACUGGUGGCCCUGGCCCAUGCCUCUCCCCUCCCGGAGCUGAGCAAGCGUGCCAAACUCAGCGACUUCCAAUGCCCCGACGGCACCACCCUGUCUGAGCAUGACAUCCGCGAGGCUCUUCACGAGUGCCAAAGACACAAUGACGGCUCCAUCGGCAAGUACCCGGCCUACUUUGGCAACAAGAGCAACAACCAGAAGGUAUUCAAUAACAUCCCCGAUGGCACCGAUCUGCGGGAGUUCCCCAUCAUUGUGGGUGGAAAGUAUACCGGCGGUGUACCUGGCGCGUACCGUGUGGUUACAGACUACAAGGAUAACCGUGGUGACUUCCGCGGUGUGAUGCAGCAUACCGGCGCAACCGCCGGCGGUGCCUAUACGGCCUGCACGCGCGUUGCAAACACCAAGCGUGAGCCUGUCGAAGAGAAAGAGGAGAACGGUAACGAGGAGCGCAGCGUCCAGAUGACUGAGACCGAGAUCCCCGAGGACUCCACCGAUAACACUGUCAACGACCUGGCCACCCGUGCUAAGAAGAAGAAGGUCGGUAGCGCUACCUGCUCCGACGGCGUCACGCUCUCUAAGGACUCUGUCGGUAAUGCGUUCAAGGAGUGCAAAAAGCACAAUGACUAUGGUGUCGGCGGCUACCCGCACAAAUUUGGUAACAAGAGCGGUAACGGCCAGGUCUUUGCGGGUGUCACCAAGGACCUGCGCGAGUAUCCUAUUGUUGAAGGUGGAACUUGGACUAGCGGCUCACCCGGCAAGUACCGUGUUGUCACUGACUACAAAAACAACUUUGUUGGAGUGAUGGUUGAAGAUGCUGGUGCUUCUUUCACCCGUUGCACUGUACACGAUGAUUAG